AUGCCGAUAAAUCAAUACUGCCUGAGCUUGAUCAACACAUGGAGAGGCACCGAGCAACAGAGGUGGACUAAAACAUCCACCAUUCUCCAGCUCCUCGUCUCGAUCCAAGGCCUCGUGCUGAACUCGAGGCCUUACUUCAACGAGCCUGCCUUCGCGCCAUUCAAAAACACGAAAAACUCAAAGCGUUCCAAUCGCUACAACGAGAAUGCUUUCAUCCUCUCCUGCACCACUAUGCAAAAGAUCAUCAACCGCCCGCCACAGAAUUUUGAGGGCUUUGUGGUUGAGCAUUUUCGACAGCGUGCUGCCCCGUUGAUACAAGCCAUCGAUCGCUAUCAUCAGGGCCGUGUGGUGGCUGGCGAGUUAGGCAUGACGUCGCCAUCCUCUUCAGCUCCUAACGUUGCCGUUUCUGCAAAUUUCAAGAUCGGUUUGGAACGGAUUCGAGGCCAGCUUGAGCAGGCCCUCGCCUCCCGUUCCAUUCCCGUUCCAGCCAAGCCUAUCGCUGCUGCUACCACAGCCGAGUCUGAGAAGAAGGAUGAACACCGUAAAAAGGGGCUUCUCGGUAGAAUCUCUAGCUUUCUUCGCAACAAGAUUCGGAAAAAGAAACAAGUGAAGAGUAGUGCAAUAGGGUUUAGGGUUUAG